UGUUGCUGCGGUUUUCAGUUGCCAGCGCGAUUUUGAAUGAGUUGUACGCGCGGAAAGAUAUUUUUUCGAAAAAAAUAAUUUAGAAAUCCUCAAAAAAUAAAUAAAGUUUCGAGUUGAUUUCGAGACGUGCGUGUGCAAUAAAAAUAAAAAAAAUAAAUAAACCUAAACCAAAACCAAUAAGAAAAAAUCUUCACAAAAAGUGAAAAACUGUUUAUUGUUUUUUGGAUAAUUUUUUGUUUUAUUUUUCAAUGUGGUUUCUUGCAUUUGGAUUUGCCGCCAAAUGAAAUUUGAAAUUUAUGUGCAAUAAGCGGCGAAUGCAGGCCAACUAAGAUAACAACAACCACAAAAAAAUAACAACAAUUGUUGUAAUAACAACUACAAAUACUGCAAUCUACAUGCGGUCCUCCAACUGUACAGCACUUGGUCAGCAGCAGCAGCAACAGCAACAAGUGGAACGCACAACAACAUCAGCAGCAGCAGCAGCAGCAGCAACAUCAUCAGAGGCAGCAGCAAUAUCGUCAAGCGUAACUGUUGCAUAAACAACAACGACAGAUAUCUAGAGAGAGAAAGAGAGAUACUUUGGGGAUACAGAUACAGGUGGCGAUAUAGAUACCGAAAUCCGAUAUAUAAAUGCUGUAGAACGAUGGCAACAGCAACAGCGACAGUAACAGCAACAGCAACAGGUAGUGCCACAAGCAAUAUCGCGCGACCGAUGCGCGGUAUUUCCAUAAUCAUUGAAUCUGCAACAGCAACAUCAGAAACAGCUGCAACAACAACGACAACAACAUCAACUAUAAGCAACAGCAAUGCUGAAAUGUCGCUCAAGUCUCAGGCUGGCAUGUUGCUGGCAUUUGGGGACAGCAACAGUAACACCAAUAGCAAUACAACCAAAGAUAAUUUGGAAACUAGUUGCAACAUCGAGGAGAUGCCAAGAGCAACAUCAGUAGCAGCAGCAGCAACAACAACAGCAACUAAAAUCUAUCCCCAGUUGUUGCUACGGAUCGGUCAGCCCAAUGAUAAUGGAGAAAAUGCAACAAAAACAGAAGUAGCAACAGCAACAGCAGCAACUGCAACACCACCACCAGUAGCCACACCAGCAGCAGCAACAACUAUUAUCAGCUGCAAUGUAUUACCAGCUGACUCUGUUGAUGUUGCAGCCACGAGAGAAAUUUCCAGCAGCGACAUUGCAGUUGCAGCAUCGACGGCAGCAACAUCACCGGAUCACACGGUCAAAAUUCAAAUCGAGAGCCACAAACAAAGUCAUCCACGGAAUCUUGGCAAGCAGAUAAGUGUCGUUAAGUUGAAUGACUCCGAAGCAAUGAUCUACCAGCAACAUCAGGAGCAACAGCAACAUGAUAGUGCCGUGCAACAGCAACAUUUAUGCUUUCUGGUAUCCAGCGGACAGUAUUCGCCCUGUGAGACCCUCGAUAGUGGCACUGGCUCCGAUCUGGAGAGCGUCAAGUCCCCGGAAUCGGGCAAUCAAGUGCCCAAGUUGGAACUGCAUCUGAAGAGUACACGACUGAAGGUUAUCGAUCCAUCGGAGAAGUCGCCAUCGAGGGCAUACAGUCUCACCGAUAGCGAUGAAUUGCAGGAGUACGAGAGCAGCAGCAGUUCGUCCCUCAGUUGCGAUUCCCUGCAUUCCACCAACUCGACCAACAACAAUCAUCAGGAGAUCCCCGAUAUCCAAGAGAUUCAUGAGAUUCGCGACACAAUUGCCACCAAAAUCGAUGGAAGACCAUUGCAAUACGAGGCGGAUAGAUAUUACAAUUUCCACGUAAAUGAACACGAUAAUUUCCGUAGUUUUGGAUCAUCGAGUUCAUCGGCGAGUUCGUCGCCGGAAUAUGAGUCAUCGGGUGGCUAUCCACCGGAGGCGCCGGAGGAUGCGUUUGCGGGCUAUGGAGGAAAAGCGCCGGGAAACUCGACCAUCAGAUCGGCCAAGGGAACGGUGAGGGGCGUCAAGAAUCGUGUGCGCAAUGGAGUAGCCACCUUCUUGCAACUGCAACAGCCCAAUGUCAAGAACUAUUUGGAAAAAGAUAUGGGAAAAGUCGUUUUAUAUACAACCAGUAUGGGAAUUAUUCGAGACACUUAUGCCAAGUGUGCCAACGUCAAGCAGAUACUGCGAACUCUUUUAAUUAAAUUCGAAGAGAGAGAUGUUUUUAUGAGUGUAGAAUAUCAGCAGGAGAUGAGGGAAAGGAUGCACGACGAGACCAUAAGAGUGCCCCAGCUAUUCGUCGAGGGUCAGCAUUUGGGGGAUGCUGAUACUGUGGAGCGGUUGAAUGAAAGUGGAGAAUUGCGACAGCUGCUGAAGCCUUAUAAGUCAAUUGCCACGGCGUACACGUGCCAGACCUGCGGAGGAUAUAGACUACUGCCGUGUCCUUCCUGCAGCGGAUCGAAGAAGUCAGUGCAUCGGAACCACUUUACGACGGAGUUCGUGGCCCUCAAGUGCAUGAACUGCGACGAAGUUGGCCUCGUCAAGUGCCCCAAUUGCUGAGGGCUAGUCUACAAAAUAAAACCAGAACCAUAGUCCCUCAGUGUCUUCCACGAAAAACCCCCAACCUCACCAUAUAAUAUUUGUAUUUGUAGUGUGUGUUUAUUUUUUUUUUUUUUUAAAUAACUAUAUUGAAAUGACUUUUUUUUCGUGCGCAAUUUUUGUAGUCGCUAUUUUAACAGUUUGUGAUAUUUGAGAGCAGUUUUUGGGGCCGGAAGUUGGAAGCCCGAAAGUAGAAGUGCAACGAAAUGGAAUGGAACGGAAGUUAAGAACGUAAUAGAAGAGACACAAAAAUAAAAAUAAAAUAAACUAUAUCAUUAUGUGAAUCCAAGAGAUAUCCAAUAAAAACUAAAAGUAA